UAAUGAGAUGUUUGCAGCUGGAGAGCUGGACUGCUGGAGACUAACUGUGAGCGACUCACACACGCGUGGAAGACAGGUUUUGUAAUACUCGGUUUGCAUGGUCCGAAAGUCAUCUGUCUACUGAGCCAACACUCCCGGCCUGGUAAAGAACCUGCUCAGGGCUCUGGUGAACAAGCCGUAGCACCACUUCUGCCCGUGAGUGAUUUGUCACCUCAUUCGUAAGACUGGCACCAGCAGAAAUGCAGUCUCAAAGGAUCCCUGGGAGGAAGCGAGGCCGACCCCCACUUCACUCAACACCUAUGAAGAUGGCAGUUCAUAACCUUUAUUCUGCUUCACCUGGUUGCUUACCAGCAGUGAAGACCCCAAAGAAAAGAGGGCGGAAACCCGGGUACAAGCUGAAAUCUCGGGUUCUCAUGACUCCAUUAGGCCUUUCACCUCCACGGAGUAUCCCUGAGCCUGACCUCAGCAACAUCCCUCAGGAUGCAGCUACUAUACCCAGCUUGGCAGUCCCACAGGCUCUCACAGUUUGCCUUUACAUCAACAAACAAGCCAAUGCAGGGCCGUUCCUGGAGAGGAGGAAGGUACAGCAACUUCCUGAGCACUUCGGACCCGAGAGACCAUCAGCAGUCUUGCAACAGGCUGUGCAAGCAUGCAUUGACUGUGCCCACCAGCAGAAGAUGGUCUUUUCUCUGGUCAAGCAGGGCUAUGGUGCCGAGAUGGUGUCGGUCUCGGCUUCCUUUGAUGGAAAACAGCACCUACGGAAUCUGCCCGUGGUGAACAGCAUUGGGUUUGUCCUUCGCUUCCUGGCCAAACUGUGCCGAAGCCUUUUGUGUGAUGACCUCUUCAGCCAUCAGCCCUUCCCCAGGGGCUCCAGUGCCUCUGAGAAAGCCCAGCAGGGUGAGAACGGGAGGACGGAAUCAGCAAAAACAGUCACCCCUGAAGAGUGCCUGGUGAACCCUGUGGGCAUGAACCGCUACAAUGUGGACCCCUCCACCACCGCCUUUAACCACAGGGGAUCCUUGCACCCCUCCUCCUCACUCUACUGCAAGAGGCAGAACUCUGGAGACCACCGCCUCGGGGGAGGCCCUACCACCACAGCCGGUGGUAUCCAUGCAAGCCCCUUGGCCUCUGGGCUGAGGCCCCCAGCCUCCAGCCCCAAGAGCAACGGGACCUCUCAUGAAGGAAACCGAUGUGCCUCAAGCCCUUCUCCAGAUGGGCAAGAUGCCAGACGGCCCAGGAGCACGAACCCCUCCACCUGGACAGUGGAGGACGUGGUCUGGUUCCUGAAAGACGCUGACCCUCAGGCUUUGGGGCCUCACGUGGAGCUCUUCAGAAAGCAUGAGAUCGAUGGGAAUGCGCUACUGUUGCUGAAGAGUGACAUGAUCAUGAAGUACCUAGGCCUAAAGCUGGGCCCUGCACUCAAACUCUGCUACCAUAUAGAUAAACUGAAGCAAGCCAAGUUCUGA